CUCAGCAGCAGCAGGCGGCAGCAGGGAGGGGCAGCAACGGCAGCAACGGCAGCGGCAGCUGCUACCGCGGCAGGCUGCUGGCGGCGUUUGCUGCUGCCGCUGCUGCUGCCGGAAGGCCGCUACAGACCCAUGGGUCGUCAAGUCCAAGCCCCACCUCCUCCUCCCGACACGCCGAGGACGCGGAAGAUGAGGAGGAGGGAGAGGCCGACAACGCCGAGGAACGCAGGGCCCGCUACCGCCGCUGCGCCGCCGCCCUCUCCUGCGGCGGUCUGUGCGGUGUGCGGUGCGCCUGGGGUCAGCUGGCGGAGGGGGCGGCACUGGCGGAGCUGCUGGGCCCCGCCGUGUUCCCCUCCCCCGCCACCCGCCUGCACGAGGUGGGG